ACUUUUUUAUACCUAGGAUCUGCUUAGCAUUUCUGCGCCGUUCCCCCUUCGUCCCCACCCCGCCGCCCAUCCCAUGGCGACCAAAUCCCCCAGCCCUACCACGGACCCAGCACCCGCACCAGGCCCUACCCAGCACCCGCUCCGCCGCAGCCACUCUCCGGUCUCCGCGCGGGGCUCUACGCCGACCGCACCGAGCAGCAGCAGCAGCAGCGCAAUGAAGCCAACCAAGUCAGUGAGAUCCAAAGUCGGGGAGUCUCUGCCUGCUACCUUGAGCACUGAUUUCGACAACCAGGUUGGUGGGCAGAAAUCUUGUGGAAGUAAUAGAUCAAGCGAUUUAGAAUAUCUAGCAAACGAGAUAGAUGAUCUUGUGCUGCAACCAAGGUAUGAUGGCGUGAAUGGGCCAAAGAUGGUCUCAUUCUCUGACUUCCUGCGGAUCGUUGCUUCAGAAUCAGAACGACAACCUAGACGACGUCAGCCCAUUGGUGCCCUGCCGCAAGAUGAUCGUAACGUUUGUUCUUUAAGAACCCCAUCUCCACCCGUUGAAGAAGAACCAAAGGGAGAUGUGUUAGUCAAAUCCUCCCCUGAAAAGGCGGAUGCUGCAUUGGCGCAUGCUAUUAUGUGGGAGGGAACAAUUCAUCUUACUUGGUCUUCACUCACAAAUGUUGUUGCUAUCUUCAAAAGCGGUGAAAAGCCAUCUACCAAUGAGUGGCCCCGCUCUCUCGAGAUCAAGAAAAGAGUGAGCCUCGGUGUUUUUGAAAAAUUGCUUGGACUGCUUCGUGAAUCCAGGAAACGUACUAUAAUGGUAACUGAGUUGCGUUGGAAGGAGGGCUCUAUUGAGAGUGGUCGGCAUCAUCUCUUAAAGACCAUAGAGUCGUAUACUGCCAAUGAGAGAGUAGGGUUAGUGAAGCCAACCGAAGAGGUGGAGUUGUUCCUCUGUCCUUAUCAAGGGAAGGCAGCUCAGAUACUUGCUGACAACCUGCUAAAGGAGUUGUGGUGUGGCCAAGACCCCAUAUCUCAUCUAUGGUAGUUUAAAUUUGUGCAAUCUGCAAGCGUCUGUCCGCUUUGAUGCAUGGUUGCCUUGUCCCUCGUCCACUCAUCAGUUAAUAUAUGCAAGUAUCAUAAGAUCUGCAUAUUGAGAUGGUUUUAUGUUAUGUUGUGUCAGAACCUCGUGCACCUAGCCAUCUUGGUUUGUUUCCCUUCCCAGGGAGUCAAGUACUUGGUAUAUGUAACUGCAACAAGUUGAAUGCUAAAAUUGCUAUGUUUGGUUGCUUUCUUGCUGAA